GAUAUAUAUAAGGUUCAGGUCAGAGGUACACCACACUCACUCCCCUACUACAACAUGAUGAAGCUGGCUGUGAUCCUCGCUGUGGUUGCUGUGGCAGUGGCUGACAAGCUGCCCCUCACCAACCCGCCCGUCGCCAUCCUCCACAGCCAACAGGUCAACCCCGACGAGUUCGGUGCCCACAGCUCCGACUUUGAGGCAGAGAACGGCAUCAAGUUCCAGUUUGCUGGCAACGAGGGUGUUGGUGGCGGUUCCAACAUGGCCGGCUCCUGGAGCUACCUCAAGGAGGACGGCAGUGUAGCGACAGUCCAGUUCGUGGCUGACGAGAACGGUUUCCAGCCCCAGUCCGACCUGCUGCCCGUGGCCCCCGCCUUCCCCCACCCCAUCCCCCAGUUCGUCCUCGACCAGAUUGAAUUUGCGAGGUUAGAGGACGAGGCUAAGGCUAACGAAUAGGACGACAAGGCAGAAUAAGCAGAUCAGUGACUCUUGACACUUAAGAGUCAAGACGAACGUUCAGCCAGUCACCUCCACCCACUGCUCCGCCCAUCUUCUUUUCUCAACAAACUAUCUAUUAUUAUUUAUGAAAUGAAAUAAAUCAUUUACACAGUA